AUAAUAAUCUAAGGAAUAAAAACUAUUAUUUGGUGAUAUAAAUAUUUUGAACAACCAACUGGGUUUACUGUAUUCAAAAACCAGAUUAAAAGCAAGUUGAUUCAAAUCGAAUCACUUAAACUCGUGUAUUAGUCAGUUGCCUGUGUUCCAACCGAAAGUAGACGGUUAGGAAGCACACAUCCUGUCUGGUGCGGUGUUUGAAAUCAAGAUGACUUCUUUAGCACUGUCUAGGAUAUACCGGCAGCUACUCGGCCGAUCUUCCACAAAGCUAUAUACACUCCAAACACCUGUUCGUAACCUUAACUUACUAGAAUACCAGAGUAAAAAGCUGCUAGCGGAGAGCGGUGUGGCCAUUCAAGCCUUUCGUGUUCUAGAGGGAAAGAAGGAUGAAGCUAUUUUGAAGGAUUUUAACGUCAACGAAUACGUCGUUAAAGCACAGAUUCUCGCUGGAGGCCGGGGCAAAGGUCAUUUUGAUAACGGCUUUAAGGGAGGCGUUCAUAUCACCAAAGAACGCUCGCAGGUGAUUCCAUUGGUGGAAAAAAUGGUCGGUGCCAAACUCAUCACCAAGCAGACGCCGAAAGACGGUAUUCUGGUGAAGAAGGUCAUGGUAGCCGACAGUAUAAACAUUGUUCGUGAAACGUACCUGUCGAUUGUGAUGGACAGAGAAAACAACGGUCCAGUAAUGAUUGCCUCUCCGGCGGGAGGAAUGGAUAUCGAAGCGGUGGCAGAAAAAACUCCGGAAAAAAUUAAAACCGUUCCGAUUCCGAUUGUAGAAGGCAUUUCGCGUGCCCAAGCCGAAGAGGUUGCCAGAUUUCUAGAGUUUAAAGGUCCCUUGGUUGAGAAAGCUGCAAGUGAGAUCGAGAAGCUGUACAAGCUGUUUGUCAAGGUUGAUGCCACUCAAAUCGAAAUUAAUCCACUGGCGGAAACGGAUGACGGUCGAGUGAUUUCGGUUGACGCCAAGUUGAACUUUGACGAUAACGCAGAGUUCAGGCAGAAGGAAAUUUUUGCCAUGGAUGUCCACGAGGACACAGAUCCGAAGGAGCUGGAAGCUAGCCGGUAUAAUCUAAAUUACAUUGCCAUGGAAGGAAACAUCGGUUGUCUGGUGAAUGGAGCUGGAUUGGCGAUGGCCACAAUGGACAUCAUCAAACUGAAUGGCGGUAGUCCGGCUAAUUUCUUGGAUGUCGGCGGUAACGUCAAAGAAGAUCAAGUACUGAAAGCUUUUCAAAUAUUGACUUCCGAUCAGAACGUAAAAGCCAUUCUGGUCAACGUUUUCGGCGGUAUCGUCAACUGCGCUACGAUCGCGAACGGAAUAGUGAACGCUACCAAAACGAUUGGAUUGCAGGUCCCGCUAGUGGUGCGGCUCGAAGGCACCAAUGUGCACGCCGCCAAAAAGAUCCUUCAGGACUCCGGGCUUAAAAUUGAAUCGGCAAUUGAUUUGGAUGAUGCCGCUCGGAAGGCUGUUCGAGCGAUCAACUAAACUAGGGCUGUGUCCGUUCGAGAACAUUUCGGUUUUUAUACAGGGUUGGGCGCAAUUAUGCAGGGAAAAGUGUUCAAUUUACAGGAUCGUUAUAUCAUUUCUCAACCGAUGAAAAAUCGCGGCAUUUUUUUUAUUCAAGAUAUUGUUUUAUUUAGAAGAAAUAGAAACUUACUAUUGAAGACUAACCUUACUCUUUCCU